AUGAACAACCAGUCAACAAUCACUCUUAAUCCGGGACAAAUGCUCAAAUCCGCCCAAGAAUUAAAGCAAAGUUUAAGCCAAAUUGCCCCUGACGAGAGCAAAACUACCAAAAUAGUCACUUUUGCCCUAGUAGCCACUGCUCUUGGAGCUUUAACUGGCUUUUACGACGAAAAGAUUAAACCGACUAUCGAAAGCAAAAGCACUGAGUAUAAAACUCUCCUCCAAGAAAACUUUGCCCGCCGUGCUAACACUCAGCAAGCGAUUGUGCCGCUUCUCAACAUGAGAAAGCUUCUGAAAAAGAUUUUAGCAGAAGCCGAAGAUGAAAUAGACGAAAUGGCGGCAGUUCAAGCCUUUGAAGUUGACCAAAAAGCCCAUUACUUAAUUGCCGACCUGCUCAACCAAAAACUGCCCUUGCCUAGUUUAAGAGAAAAGAAAAAUUUUAAUCCCACUGAUGAUGCCGAUUAUCGCACUUUGUUAGCCGAUUACCAAGAGCAAUAUGGCGAAACCUUACCAGAAGCUGAACAAGUGGCUCACGAAAUUGCUUACGAAUAUUUGCUAAUGGUGAUUAAAAGCUUGGUCGGAACUUUAAAAGGAUUUACUUGCCAUGAGCCUGAAUACAUGAAGGGAGUUGUUUAA